UCAGAUUAGAGAGUUGGUCUGUCAAAGAAUAGGAGAGGUUCUUUAUUAGGAAUUGUUAAAUGUUGCACUCAAAUCUUUAGAUUAACCAGACCCAUGUGCCGUUAUUUGGCACUUUAAUGUUCGUAAAAUACUAGUGGUAUUUACAAAUAUAUUUCGUUGUAUUACAAUCUGGACCUAAACCCCGACUCUAUGGCUGGCAGUAGCAUAGCGAUGAAGACCUGGGAGCUGUCAAACAGCAUGCAGGAAGUUCAGAGUAUUGAUGAAAUAUAUAAAUAUGAUAAAAAACAACAACAAGAGAUCCUGGCGGCCAAACCCUGGACUAAAGACCAUCAUUACUUUAAAUACUGCCAGAUAUCAGCUUUGGCACUGUUGAAGAUGGUGAUGCAUGCCCGAUCUGGUGGAAAUCUGGAAGUGAUGGGACUUAUGCUGGGGAAAGUGGACGGAGAGACCAUGAACAUUAUGGACAGUUUUGCUUUACCUGUGGAGGGCACUGAAACUCGAGUGAAUGCUCAGGCUGCAGCAUAUGAAUACAUGGCUGCUUAUAUAGAGAAUGCAAAACAGGUGGGACGGUUGGAGAAUGCCAUUGGAUGGUAUCACAGUCAUCCUGGAUAUGGCUGCUGGCUUUCAGGCAUCGAUGUUAGCACUCAGAUGCUUAACCAGCAGUUUCAAGAGCCCUUUGUCGCAGUAGUGAUUGAUCCCACAAGGACUAUAUCCGCAGGAAAGGUCAAUCUUGGAGCUUUCAGAACAUAUCCAAAGGGUUACAAGCCUCCAGAUGAGGGUCCGUCUGAAUACCAGACGAUUCCACUUAACAAGAUUGAGGAUUUUGGAGUGCAUUGCAAACAGUAUUAUGCUUUAGAAGUGACCUAUUUUAAAUCUUCCCUGGACCGCAAACUGCUAGAGCUGCUCUGGAAUAAGUAUUGGGUCAACACUUUGAGCUCCUCCAGCCUACUGACAAAUGCAGAUUACACCACUGGACAGGUGUUUGACCUGUCAGAGAAGCUCGAACAGGCAGAAGCUCAGCUGGGAAGAGGCAGUUUCAUGCUGGGUUUAGACACACAUGAUAGGAAAUCUGAGGACAAACUAGCAAAGGCAACACGUGACAGCUGCAAAACAACCAUUGAAGCAAUUCAUGGUUUGAUGUCUCAGGUUAUCAAAGAUAAACUCUUCAAUCAAGUGAACACAUCUACCAGCUAAACUUGGAAUGAACUGAAGUGAUAUGACCUUACAUGCUGUGUAUGCUUGGUGAUGUGUUCACAUCGUUAUGACUGCACUUUGAAAGAUUCAAAGUAAUUGUUCUGUAGGAAUCUUGUCCAUGUUCGUUUCACUUGAAAUUUGUUCAAACAAAUAAAUAAAUGCUGUUCAGGUUCAAUAGUUGGCUGUCUUAGCAUCUGGGUUCUUUUAAGCUUGUUUUUGUUUUUAUA